CCAAUUUUAACAGUAAAAUUUCGACCGUGUAAAUAAACUUUAGAAAUUUCGGUGUAAAUUUCGUUCUAUUUUUAAAUUAGGUUGUGAUGAGUGCACAGGAUCGUAUCCAGGGAUAUUAAAACAGGCUGUUAGCUGAACAUUGGGCAGUGAUCCAGAAAUGCGCGAGUGACGGCUGUUGACAAGUGCUAUGCGCGAGUGAUUAGUGACAGUGCUUGGUGCUAAUAUAAAAUGGCGGACCCAGACGCGUUUGAUGAUGAGAAGUUGGUGGUCGGCGGGCCGAACCAGCGCAAUUGGAGGGGCAUCCUGAUCGCCUUGCUGGUCAUCGUGGCCGUGCUGGCCCUGAUCGUCACCUCCGUGGUGCUUCUGACCCCGCCCGAUGAGGGACCCAGGGUCAAGGGGAGAAGGCUGAGGAUUCAGGACUUGUUGAGCGACGAACUUGUGCCUGUUAGGUGGAAUGGCACUUGGAUCUCUGGAGAUGAAUACGUGUAUAGAGACGCGUCGGGCGGCAUAAGCCUGAUGUUUGCAGCCAACCAGACUUCGAAGACGCUCAUGCCUAAUACUACAUUCAGGGUUUUAGAACCAGCGUCUUUCUCCGUGUCGGCCGAUCGCCGGUUCCUGCUUCUGGCGCAGAACCUCCGCAAACUCCACCGGUACUCCUACCUGGCUCGGUACACCGUCUAUGACAUACUGACCACGGAAUCCUACCCCCUAACCCCAUUGCCAGACGAGGUCGGCGGCGGCGUGAUCACCGAAGGGCCACACCUUCUCCUUGCCACCUGGACUCCUAAAGGCCACGGUCUGAUCACGGUGAAGGACUACGACAUAUACUACCGACCAGCGCCGAGGUCCUCCACCGGGUACCGCGUCACGGACUCUGGCGUGCCCGGGACUGUGCACAAUGGCGUGCCUGACUGGUUGUACGAAGAGGAGAUCCUAAAGUCCCGCACGGCGCUGUGGAUGUCAGCUGACGGCCACAUGGUCCUGUAUGCCACCUUCAACGAUAGCCUGGUGCACGAGCAGAAGUUCCCGUGGUACGGAGCCGCCCUGGAUACUGAUGACCCGGCAAAGACGUACCCGGAGAUCAGAAGCGUGAGGUACCCGAAGCCUGGCACCAACAACCCAACAGUGACGUUGACCGUGGCAGACAUUGCUGACCCCAAGCACAUCAGGACGAGGCACCUCACGCCGCCGAAGGUUAUACUCGAACUGGGUGACUACUACUUCACAAGCGCACAAUGGGUGUCGCUGACGGAAGUCUGCGUGGUGUGGUUGACCAGAACUCAGAAUCUUUCAGUGGUGUCCGUUUGCAAGAGCCCUAUGUGGUAUUGCCAGGAGGUGUACAGGAUAACAUCAGGCUCAGAAGGUUGGGUGGAAUCUGCACCGGCGCCCCUCUGGUCUGCCGGCGGUGGCGCCCUGGUAACCCUAGCGCCGAUCAGAGACGGCCCCGCCGGGUUGUUCCGCCAUAUUGUGAGGACGGAACACAAUGCACAUGGCCCCAGGGCCCUGCCGCUUACACAUGGGAGCUUCGAUGUGGUACAGCUCCUGGCGUGGGACCAUGCAAAUAAGCACAUAUACUACCUUGGUAUUCCUGAAGGGAAACCAGGGCAACAGCACCUAUACAGAGUUUCUUCGGAGGCGCCGCGGCCGGGAUCGCCUCAGAAACUGCCUUACUGCGUGACGUGCAACUCACAGCCGUCGCCUUCAAUAAACCUGGAGUACUACGGCAACCUGGCGUCUUCAGGGGACAGCACGUGGGACGCAGACUGGGAGGAACUGCCAGUUGCUGCUACAUCCCCCACUCCUGCCAAGAAGAAGAAGCGGAAGCAUCCGGAAGGCAUGCCACCAAACGCGCCGUGCCUGUACCACGAAGCCCACUUCAGCCCGACUUCAACAUACUUCGUGCUUGAAUGCUUGGGGCCAGGAGUACCAACGUCCAGUUUACACAAGAUAGCAUUACCAGAGCCAAGACUGCUGAUACAUUUGGAGAAUAACACUAUAGUAAAGGAGCGACUCUCGUCAAUCGCUCUGCCUACCCCAAGGACUUUCUCCGUGCAGUUAUCCAGCGGCCACACAGCGCGGGUGAGGCUGCUUCUUCCACCAGGGCUAAGAGAAGACGAAGUCACGAAGUACCCCCUGGUGUUGAAAGUCCACGGAGCACCCGGUACGCAACUAGUCACAGAACGGUGGUCCCUGGACUGGGGGGCAUUGGCUGCCGGUGCUGGUGCAGUGUUGGCUUCUGUGGACGCGAGGGGGGCGGGAGGCAGGGGGUUAGGGGCCCACCACACGCUGCACCGCCGCUUGGGGACUGUGGAGCUGGCCGAUCAGCUAGAAGUGGCUGAGUAUCUACGCGACUCGUUGCACUUCAUAGACGCCCGUCGCGUGGCCGUCUGGGGCCGGGCCCAUGGAGGCUUCUUAGCGGCUUUGGCUUUGGCAAGCCCCCUCAAUGUGUUCCAUUGUGGCAUAGCCCUCACGCCCAUCGUCCGUUGGCGAUAUUAUGCAUCAGCCUACGCGGAGCGCUACAUGGGAUUACCAAACGCGACGGGCAACUACCGCGGCUACGCGGAUGCUGACGUCACGAAGCAGGCGGCAGCACUGCACGAUAAAAUGCUGUUGUUGGUGCACGGAACUGCUGACGACAAUGUGCACAUACAGCAGACGAUGGCGCUGGCGAGAUCGCUCGCUAACCAGGGCAGCAUGUUUAGACAACAGAUCUACCCAGACGAGGGCCACAGUCUGGACGGCGUCCGCCGGCACCUCUACCGGACCAUGUCGUCGUUCCUGGACGACUGCUUCCGCAAACAGGUCCCGCCGGAGACGAAGGCUGGUCUGCGGAAUGGGGGAAACCUCGACUGAGACACGUGGAGGGAUGAGGAGUUGUACUCUUGGUAAUGAUCGAAUGAAAUAGACAAGCAAACGUUAUAUUGAAUCCUUAAAAACCUUAGUACAACCUGUUCCAUAUCCUUCCCACAUCCACUGCCAGUGGAUAUCAUCAAGAACUCUUGUGAUAACUAUACUUAAUUGUUUGGAUUUGUGCUAUACGACUUUAUAAAUGCUGUGUUAUUAUUUUCGUAUUUAAAUCCUUUUUAAGGCGGUAGGCGUGUUACAGUUAAUGUUUUAUUUGAAACCCUAUCGCAAAGGAAUAAGGAUCAAUUUUCGCCGCCUUGAAAAGGCUUAAUAGAUUAAGGCCGGUAAAACGACAGUCGUAAAUUCGUAGAGUAGACUGAAUAGGUGUCCUAUCUUUAAAUUUGACGAAGUUUCAUGUGUUAUUUUCCAAAUAAAAUAAAAAUGUGCGUAUCGAAAUAAAAAGCGACCAUUUCGAUGAUGAGUUCGAAGCACAAGUUCUAAGUGAUAGUCGAGUAUUUGUUAUGGAAUACAGUGGGUUAGUCACAAUCACGGCUACUACCGUUGCAAUUUGAUCGCAGCAAUCAUCGCGAUCAAAAUUGCUAUCUAGUUAAAACAAGGCAUGAUGUGACUUAAGCCCAAUUUCGACGAUAAUAUGUGAAGGCGAGAAUUGGAGUCCCCCGCGCUAUGAAUCGCUAAAUCACUUCAUGGGGGUUCCCAUAGAGGAUACGGAUAAGGGGCAGAAUAUGAGUUUCCAAAAAUAUAUGACGAUAUAUGACGAGAUCGAAGCGAUCUGUGAAAAUACGAGUAUAACUUUGACAUCUGUUACAAAUAUCAAGCCAUACAUCAUUUACAAGAGGCAAAUUUUUUGAUGGGUUAUUUUGCAACCUUAUGCUAUUAGAAAUAAGGUAGAGAAGAAUCCACUUUGGUGAUAAUUAAAAUCACAAUGCUGCCAUUUAGUGUCUCAUAUUUUUGAAAACCCUUAUAUUUUCACCUGACUUUAGCUAAGAAUACAAGAUGUUACUGUUAUAAACUCUCUUAUUUGAGAAAGCAGAACCGCCUUAACAGAGUCAUGCAGAGAUGUGCAUUAAUUGACCAAUGACAUUACGUUUCGAAGGAUUUGAUGCAUUCUGAUUGGUUAAUUUCAGCUUGACGCUGAUUGGCAAAGCGGUCUUGUUUUUAAACUCCUAUUGGAUCAAUUUCUUAUGUCACAUAGUUUUUAUCCCGUGAUUUAAGAGUUUUAAACGAAAUCGAUUUAUCUUGUGACAAAUAAAGGAAUUGAUAGUUCUUUAGUCAAUGAUUUUUGUGAUCUUAGUAGUAAAUCAUCUUAGCGUAGAGAUUUGAGCGAAUGCUAAAAUGGGUUCUUGGCUGUAGAGAGAAACAAAUGAAGUUUUUUAAUGAAAAGGUUCUGAUCUUCCUAGUUUACACAGAGUAAACAUCCGGCAGGCGGGUUUACUGUGCGGUAAUAAUAUAGAGUGAGUGAAUUUUGCUUGUCACAAUUGUGAUUAAUUAAGAAUUACGUUGUUAAAAAGAAAAAUAUUAAAAGAGUUUCUUUAUAAUAGGUUUGAAGUAUUUUAAUGUACGGCGAUGGUAAAGUGUAAUUUCUAAACGACAAAUAAUUGUACAUUAAUCAUAUUUUGGACUUAGAUAAAGUAAUCAUGCGCUUUCAAAAUCUUGCAUUCAAUGAUCAAGAUUCGAUGAUUAAAUUAAGGGUUUAUGCCAUAGAAAUCUUAAUAAUUUAUACCAAUUUCUGUGGUUCUCACUAUUGUGUGAUGACACAUUGUAACGAAGAAAUUAAAAUUAUUACAUACUACGACCCGCCCCGGGUUCGCACGGGCAGCAUUAUCGACUUUUAUACAAACUUUCACCAUCUAUUUUCAUGUUUUAGGUGUUGAUCAAAAAAAUAAUUUGUUAGAACGCGAAUUUAACCGUAAGCAUACAAAAUUUUAUUCGAAUCGGUCCAUCGGUUUAUCCGUGAAAGCGGAACAGACAUAUAGACUUUCGCUUUCAUAGUAUUAGUUAGGGAUAAUAAGUUUUACAUAGGCAUUCAAUAUUUCUGUUUUCCAAAGAUUUUUCAGAUUAAAAAAAUCGUUUGUUGUUUAUCAUAGAACUUAUUAAUUAUAUCUAUGCCUUAACUUUCGCUCCCUAAUAAUAUUGGUUUUUUUUAAAGGACGCUCUAAGGGAGGUGGGGAUUCUAAGGCUCUAAACUAUAUAUAUUACUCCUUAGAUCACCUUUGUGUUUUUUUAUGCUAUAUUUUUUAUCUCUACCUUACGAUGCGUUAUAGAAUUAAUAUUAUAUUAUUUCAUUUUGUUUCUCCACACACACAAAAUGUUGUAAUAGUAAAAAAAAUUAGUGUGGAAGAAUUUAAAAACGUUCUUAAUUAGGACUCCGACAAUUUUUAGAUAUUUUUGUAUAAGAUAAAAACUUUGACGUUCUAAUUCAAAGUCGUGUAAGUUAAAAAUUGCUCAUUUUCAUCUUAACAUUUUGCAUGUUUCUAUAGCGUCUCCAUUUAAGCAUUGAUUAGUAUUAAAAGAAUUUUUAUUAAAGACCAAUAGCAUGUUAAAAAUAUUUUAUUAUAAAAAUAAGGUUUAAACCUAAUUAGAUGAAAUUUUGAACUAUGUAAGACUUAGUGCAUUAUCUGCGAAGAUGCGAAACCUUUUUGAAAUUUUUAUGGAAUGUCUUAAAAUUACUUGUAGCCGGGUUUAGUUACUCUGCUACCGAAGUCAUAAAGGUCAUACAGGAGAACUUAUCUGGAUUGUGGCCAGAGGUACUCAUCCGACGUGAGAAACUAACCCGGUAAGUAAGGGGGAUUACAAUCAUUUUAAAAUGAAAUGACGUCAUUUCAUAUAAACCUUUUUACCUUCACCUAAAGGUCAAUCAUUAAAAUAAAUCGCAUGAAGGUCAAUUGAUUGAAUUGUGUUUUUUCAACGAAUUUGUCAGACAUCGUUAAAAAUAUUUUUGUGUUAACAUUCAAAGAUGAAGGUAAUCCCUGAUUACAUUUUUUGGUAAAAUUGAUUUGAUUUGAGAAUAAAAAUUACAAACAGGUAUCGUGA